AUGUUCUAUAUUCUACUCUUGAAUAAUUACGUGUUGUGGAAGUUAAUUAAGUUCAAAUCUUUACAUUUGUAGAUAUAAAAUUAAUGCUUUUUGUUGUAAAUCGUUAAUAGUUACUUUGACGUAAUAGUUAUGUUACAACUUGUUCAUUUAUUGACUGCGCUUUUUAAUUCUGGAAUAGUAUUAUUGAACUAGUAAGUUAGGUCCUUCGGCGUGGCCAAGGCCAUUUUGUUUGCUGUAAAAGAUUCGUGUGAGAUUUAGGGUUUGCGUCCUCUUCGUACGGUAAUAUUUUACGUUUUCAAUUCUUGGGAUUUAAAAUCAUAUUGAAAGCCAUCUUUCAUUGGAGAAGACCGAAGAUAACAUAUUGUUGAUUCUAAUCUUAAGGCAGUCUGCAGAGAGCAGAAAUGAGUGUCAUUAUUCGCCUGCAGAACCUGCCUUGGUCAGCCAAUGCCCUUGACAUCCGUCAGUACUUCCAUGGUCUCUCCAUCCCUGAGGGUGGAGUCCACAUUGUGGGCGGCGAACUGGGAGAUGCUUUUAUUGCCUUUAGCACAGACGAAGAUGCUCGUCAGGCUAUGCUUAUCGAUGGUGGAAAAAUAAAAGAAGUAAAAAUUAAGCUCUUCCUCAGUUCUCGCUCUGAAAUGCAGAAAGUUAUAGAAACAGCCCGUGCCCAGAGCUUGAGUUUACAAUCCUUCAUGCAGAUGUCUUCAGCACAAAUUCCUGUUGCAACUCCAAUGACAGCUACACACAUACCACCCACACCUGUUCAGACGGCCCCAGCAUUGCCACCCAUGCCUCCAGUCAGUCAGAUGCCUACAAAAUCUGCAACCCCAGAGAUCAAGCCACCACCGCUUCCUUCUGUUUCUGCAGUACCAACAGCUCCUACCACCCCAGAGGCUGUCAAAGUUGAAAUUGAACAGGAAAAAAAGGACCAGGAUAAUGAAAGUGUAUCUAGUAGAGAUGCUAAACGUGGCCGAAGAAAUGGACGUUCUCGUUCAAAAUCGAAAAAUAGAUCAAAAUCUAGAGAUAGAUCUAAAUCCAGAUCCAAAUCUAGAGACAGAUCAAGCUCUCGAGAUAGAAGUUACAGACGUAAGGACCGUUACAGAGAUCGUAGGAGGAGAGAUAGGAGUCGUAGCAGGGAUCGUCGGGACAGAAGAAGGUAUAGGGAUCGUAGCAGAUCUAGAGACAGAUCCCGCAAGUCCUCUAAAGAUAGAAAACGAGAUUAUGAUCGAAUUGAUCGUAACAGUUCAGAAAACAGUAAUGGUGCUAAGAAUGUAGAAGUGCCUGAUAAAAAUUCAGAGAUACCUCUUCCAACAGCAGUUGAGGUACCAGCAGUCCCAACAUCAAAACCUGGAUUCAGUAAUUCUGGUUGGGUAUCAGUUGGAUCUACUGAAAAACCUACUGUUAGUCCAUCUCUCACAAAUCCUAUUGGAUUUAGUAUUAGUAAACCAACAUCAGCAGCUCCUCAUCAGCCUGCACUUCCACGUCCAAGCGCCCCUCAAGUAGUUUCUCAACAAAUAAAUAUGCCACCACAUCAGGUUCAGGCAUCUCAACAAAUAGCUACUACACAACAGAGUCAAAUACCUCACCCCAUGGUAAUACCUCAGCCACCAUCAUUUCCCCCUAUGCCAAUGAUGAAUCCAAAUGAUCUUGAUGGAAGGUUUGGUCCCCCAGGUUUUCCUAUUAUCAAUGCACGUCCAUUGAACAACGUCUCAACUAAUGCUGUGUUUGGACAGAACCAAUCUCAAUUAACACCAAAUGAAGCAAAUAAAGUCAUGCAACAAAAUCAAACUGCUCCAAUACACCCUUCUCUUGGUUGGCCACCUAUGAGUGCUCUUCCUUUCACACCUUCACAGCAAAAUCCAAGUGGAAUGAAUUCUUUAGAAAAAUCAGUUACUACAGUUCAAACAAAUAUGGGAAUGGGGAUGUUUGUCAGACCAUUAACCACACCAUCUAAUGAAAAAUUUCAACCUGCUUAUCUACAACAAGAUCCAAGAAUGCAAAGUUUAUUUAAUACUCAGCCAGCAAGAAAUGAUUUUAGAUCUACAGUGACUCAGAUGAACAACUUAAGUCCACAAAAACCUCAAAAUUAUGGAGAGAGAGAUUUUGGUUCUACAAAUUCUCGAGAUGUGAACUCAAAUGCCUGUAUAGAAAUUAGAAACAUGUCUAUGAACACAACAAUUUUAGAUAUACGUAGAUUUUUCCAAGGAUUACAGAUACCAAAUGAUGGUGUAAAAAUUAUAACAGAUAAGAAAGGCAAUAAAGUUGGUAUGGCAUACGUUCGUUUUACAAAAUCGUACUUCAAGGACUUGGCUCUUAAAAAAUCUGGUCAAUCAUUAAAGGCAUCUGUUGUUGAAAUAUUACACAUUGAUGAUAAUAUCUUUGAUAAGGCCACUGACUUUUCAGAAUUUUCAGGAAACUACUUCAAUAACUCACAAGGAUACCAAGAGGCCUACAAUGAUCCAUUUAAUGAACAAGAUGUGCAGUCGGAACCAUUCACAGAUUUAGUAAUACAUGAUGUACCUCCAUAUACUAAGGAUAGAGACAUUUCCAAUCUGUUCAAAGGAUUUAAAAUAGAUGAUGCAUUUGUACUGGCAAGAACUGGAAGAAAAACUGCAACUGGAUAUGUUAGGUUCCGGACUCCAGCAGAAGCUAGAAAAGCACUGUUAACUUCUUCAAGGCUUACCAUUGGUUACACACAUAUUAAGGCAAAUAUCUGUUAUGAGCAAGAAUUUGAUGAUGCAAGGGAUCGUAAAAAUAUGGAAGAAACUGAUGAAGAAACCAUGGAUCCUAAGGAUCUAGGGUAUAGUCCUCAUGAAUCUAGAAGUUCUCGUGAUGCUAAGAAGUAUUCAUUAUUUGAUUAUAAUGAAGAGAGACCAGAGCCAAGACCAGACCCAAGAUACAAUCAAGCUGAUAAGAGAGUACAAGGAAAAGGUUUGCUACCAACACCUUCAGUGAGACCGUUUGAUCCUAGAUCAACCACACAAAUGAGCAAUUCAAACAAUAACUAUCAGUCACGCUUUGAUAGGCGACAAGAUAUACCACCUCGCCCUCCAAGGGAAGAUUUUCACAGUAGAAAACCAUAUUCUCGGGAAGACUAUCAUCAGAAGCUAUAUCCUAGAGAAAGUCGAUUUCAACCAAAUCCUAAAGAUGAAGGAAGUCGAUUCCAACCAAAUCUUCCCAGAGUUGAAUUAAGUAAAAAACAAACAUCAGAAGAAGAAUACCACAAGAAAUCUCAACAAGCACAAGAAGAAAAGUUCAAUAAAUCUCAAUCACAGCAACCAUUAAACACAACAGAACAUGUAAUGUCUUCAGAAAAACAUACACCAAUCCAAAAUCCUUCUUCAGAAUUGACAAAGAACGCUGUCAAUGAAAAAUUAGAAAGCAAGAAAGUCACUGAAAUAAAAUUUGAAAAAUCUGAUAAGGAAGAUCAGAACACAUCUGAACAAGUUAUUCAGAAUGAAAUCGCUGUAACAAUUCCAUCUCAGAGUGAAAAAGUAACCACAUCUGAAGGGUUAGCACCUAAAGUGGAAGCUGAGGUAGAGAAGUUGGAAGAAGUGACUGUAGAGAAAAUUAACCAAAUGGAGCAGGAACAUCCCAAACCAGUUCAACAAGAGGCUGAAGAAAAUCAAGAUGACCUCAUUGACACUGACUGUAUUUUUCUCAGAGGUCUGCCAUUUAAUGCUACUGAUAGAGAUAUUUUGGACUUCUUUUCAGAUGAAGGAAUUUCCCCUACACAAAUUCAUAUAAUGUUGGAUAAGCAAGAUAAACCUGCUGGUGAUGCUUUUUGUGAAUUCAGUUCAGUCGAUGAAGUGAUCAGAGCACUAACAAAAAAUCAAACAUUAAUGGGCCGAAGUGUAGUGUGCGUUGAACCAGUAUCCAGAGAAGAGAUGAUGUCAGCUCUAGGUGUUGUUGUUCCUCACCCAGAUCAUACGCAUUCUGACUUCCCAAGGGGUUACCCACAUCCAAAUUUUCACAGGCCUGAUCAUCGUUAUCCUCGUAUGCACAUUUCAGGAGGGUACCCACCUCACUUUCCACCCAGAGGUAGGGGAAGGGGAACCUUCCGUGGAAGGCAUCAUCCUCCUACAGAACGGGAAUUGGAGUCACAAAAUGUAAAUGCUUUCGGUAAACCUGGCUGUGUUGUAGCCCUUGAAAAUGUUCCUUACAGGGCAGAAGUACAAGACAUUCUGGAAUUUUUCAGGGGAUUCUGUGUCUUUAGAGAUAAUGUCAUUAGAAGAUUUGAUGAAAGUGGGAAACCCACCGGUGAUGCAAGAGUAUGUCUUAGUUCUCCACUGGAGGCUCAUCGAGCAAUAAGGACUUUAAAUUUCAGACAGAUAUUCAACCGACAAAUCCAUGUAACUUUAGUGCAAUAAGAAGUUAAGUGUUGGCAUUUCAGUAUCUUGAGCCAUAUUAUUUAUAUUUUCAAAACUUAAAGAAUAAUUGUUGAAUUAUGUUUUACUUAUUACAUGAUUUUCAUUUAAGUAAAAUACAUAAAGAAAUUAGUUUUUAUACAAAUUUAUUGAACUAAUCGCAUACACAAUGUACUAUGUAGCCUUUCUUUCUGAUGUUUAUGUAAUUAACAUCCAACACAUGGAUAACCAAAUUUAUUUGCAUGAAAGGAAUCACUGUAGUAAUAAAAUAAGCUUUACAGUAAAAGUAAGAAAAAAUAGUUGACCAAAGAUUAAAGAACUAUUAGGGUAUAUUUUAUGUCAAAGUUGAUACAGACAAGGAAACAAUGUUUUAAAUUGUGUACAACUGAGAAGAUUAAACCUUUUUAUUUAUAUGCUAUAUGCUUAGUAAAUCAAGAAUAUUUACAUUACUACUUACAAACCAGGAAUAUUAAAAAAUUCAAAGAAGAUGUUUACAACUGUAUUGUUUGUUUUGAGUCAAUGUUAGCACAUUGUAUGAAGUGGUUAAUUUUGUGUAUAAUGUUUAAUUAAAGAUCUCAUAUUGGGAUGAAUGUUCCAUUCUGUACAUAGUCUAUGUUAUUGUUAUUCUUACUGUAAAUAGCAGUAAUCCAACUGUUUCUUUUUUACAUACAUCAUAGUUCACAUUAUUAAUCAUUCAUAAGUGUACACAAAUUUAAUUUUUAAAUAGUACCUAUGUAUAUAUUUUUGAUGACAUCUAGGGAGAUUUUCAAAUAAAAUGCAAUACAAUAACAA